UUAUGUGGUUUUGUAGCGUCCUUGUCCAAUUGGUCAAACGCUUCGGGAUCAAAAAAUGGUCGCACAUCGCCAGGUUGCUGAAUGGCAGGGUUGGGAAACAGUGCAGAGAGAGGUGGCACAAUCAUCUCCGGCCAAACAUUAGGAAGGAGUCAUGGAGCGAAGAGGAGGACAAAAUCCUGAUCGAAGCUCACAAGGAACUCGGGAACAAAUGGGCAGAGAUUGCAAGGAGAAUGCCGGGAAGGACCGAAAACACCAUCAAGAACCACUGGAACGCCACCAAGCGUCGCCAGAAGGCCAAGAGGCAGAGGAACAAGCGCAGGAGCUCCAAGGGGUCACCCACGCUACUCGAGAGCUACAUAAGGAAAGUCACUGCGGCGGAAGAAUCUGAGAAGGAGUUGAAGAACUCCAUGAGCAAGAUGAACCUGAAUGACACCACCAAAACGGGUCUCUUUCGGGUUCGGUACGAGAGCUCCGAAGGUGACUUCAGCUCCGAGGAGGAGGAGCUUGGCUGGACCCUGCAGCACCACGUGCCAUGUGGUGGCGAUGGUGGUUAUGUGCCAGUGAUGGUGAACGCUGGGGAAGAGAGCGCCAUUGAUUACGAGGUUGCCAUGCAGAUGGUACCAGAGGUCCAGAUGAGGAAGGAGAUGGAUCUCAUGGAGAUGAUCUAUAGAAAAGGUUAAGGUGCAGUGCUCGUGGUUUUCCCUUUCAUCACAUCG